AUGGCAAGCAAAGAAUCUAAGAAGGAAGCAAACAGGACCUAUUUGCAAGGAAUUCAUCACCAUGGCGCUGGGAGGGUCUGGGGGCGGAGGGGAGCGCUAAGGUCUUUUGUUAUCCUUGUCACCUCGUCCAACCCAGGCCUGAGGACAGCCCCGCGGCGGGAGGCGGAGGACAGUGGCCAGCAGCCGGAGGACAGUGGCCAGCAGCCGCUGCUUCUCUGCGGCCCAGAAAGCCUGUGUUUUUGCGCUCAGGUUGCUUUUCUCUGGCUGGAGCUUUACCUAGAGGCUUGCGGGGAGCCGGGGCGCCGCGCCUUUGUUCUGCCGGGGAGCUCCGGCCGCCUGCACUUUCUGCCUCGGACCCGCGGGGCAGUCACGCGGCCCCGGGCAGAUCGAGGCCUUUGGCCGGGCCGCCUGGUCCUGCGCUGCGCUGGGGAGCAGUGGAGAGGAAAGCGGGCCCGUCUGGGGCGGACUUUGGCUUCGGGAGCCCGGGGCCCGCGGAGGGCCUCCCGGAGCGAGAUCUGCACCUUCCCCCGGUACCCGCUGCGGUCAGCGCCCCUGCGGCAGGAGCAGAGGAGCCGGGGUCCCCGGGCCCGAACCCGCGGAGUCUCACCGCCCCUCGCACCCCCACCUCGCCCUCGGGCCGUGGCCACCUACACCUCCGCAAUCGAUUUUUGCUGCGUGUCAAUACUUACUUCUGGGUGAUCGUGAAAGAAGAAGACCCUGCCCCCAUAGCUGUUGUGAAGCAGACUGAACAAAAAUCUGUCCUGCAAUCCACAUCCUAAUCCACGCAGAACCUGCCGGCCAUCGCUGGGUUCCCCGCCGGCAGUCCAGGUUCAGUGGCAGUUGUGGAAGAGAGAAGACCCUAGAAGCUGAAGUUGCUCAGCAGAAGAGUUGCCCAAAGAACCACCUGAGGCACUGGAAGUUUCAAGCAGCACUUCCAAGACAGCAUGGAAAGGGGUUUGUUGGCUGGCGGAGAUGCAGCAGGACUGCAUGGAUUUCCCUCUGCACCAGGAGGGCUGGAAGAGUACAAACUGUCGGGCAGACCCACUUUUUCCUCUUCUAGCAAACAAGUUUAA